UCACAGUCUCGGGCAUCUGUCAACAUCGCUCGAUAAGUUAUUCGAUAAUUUUUCACUGCUUCGUGCAAUUUUCAUCGCUAUCAACAGUAUGUAACGAUGUAGCGCGUUUAAGUACUUAGAAAGUACGCUAAGGUUCGUGUAAAUUAAGUAUUAUAAGAUGGAGAUUGCCAAAUCUCUGUUCAACGUACGUGAUCAUGAAGGUUACGUUGGGAAAGAAGAUCAUAAUAAAAAAUUGGAAACCACCGUGUCGGACGAUGAGUAUGAUGCGGGUAGCUGUAAACUUGGCAAUAAUGUGCUUUCACCGCCGCCCGAUGGUCCAUUUUCUGCAUUGAUUACUUCAAUGUGGCCACAAGAUAUCUUGGCAAAGCUUAGUCAACCCGACGACCCAAGCUUACAACUCGAGUAUAGAUUCGAUGAAUUUGGUUUCAAAAUUGACGAAGAUAACGAACUUGAAGAGAGCUCGAAAAAACUCCUUGACAUUCCUUUUAUCGAAGAUCCCCAACAAAGACUCAGGUGGAUAGGAUUAUUGGAAUUUGCUCAUAAUAAAGAGGCAUCCGAAUUAACAUGGCAACAAGUUGAUAAUCGUUUAAUUCGUAGCGACAAACUCAGAGAAAUGGUACUUAAAGGAAUUCCUCAUUCUCUUCGGCCACAAAUAUGGAUGAGAAUGUCGGGAGCCCUUCAAAAAAAGAUAUCGUGUGACACUACGUACACAGAUAUUAUCAAGGCUUCCAGUAGUGAUGCAUUAAUGACAAGUAAGCAAAUUGAAAAAGAUUUAUUAAGGAUUAUGCCAUCUAAUGCUUGCUUUAGCAAUUUGCAUAGUACUGGAAUUCCUAGAUUGCGAAGAGUUAUGCGAGGUCUUGCCUGGUUAUAUCCCGAUAUUGGCUAUUGCCAGGGAACUGGAACUAUAGCAGCUUCUCUUCUUCUUUUACUCGAAGAAGAGGAUGCUUUUUGGAUCAUGGCUACAAUUGUUGAGGAUUUACUUCCAGCUUCGUAUUAUUCUGCAACACUUAUAGGAAUACAAGCAGAUCAGCGUGUUUUGCGAACAUUAGUAUCUAAUUAUCUUCCUGACAUCGACCAUGUACUUGUUCAACAUGAUAUUGAGCUUAGUUUAAUAUCACUAAAUUGGUUUCUAACGUUAUUCGCCUCCGUCGUUCACAUGAAAAUUUUAUUGAGGCUUUGGGACAUAUUCCUGUAUGAUGGAUCGAUUGUACUAUUUCAAGUAACUUUAGGAAUGCUAAAACUUAAAGAGUCAGAGUUGAAGAUUUUAGAGAACUCUGCAGAAAUAUUUAAUGCCUUAUCGGAUAUUCCUGGGGAUGUGAUUAAUGUGGACCAACUUAUUGAAGUUUCAUUAGAAGUUAGUAAAAUAUUGACAAAUAAUCUUAUCGAGACCCAUCGAAGGAGACAUUUAGCUUAUUUAAUGGCUGAUCAAGGUGGCCUUAUAGGAAAUCCCGACGCUGUUCCAAAUUUGCCAAAACAGCAUCUUAAUAGGAGACAAGUAAAACGUAAUAAAUCGAUGCUGCAAACAUUUUUAUUUGGUAACAAUGAUGCCGAAGAUGACAUCAAGUGCAAAAAUAUUAAACAAACAGAGAUUUUAGUUAAUCUUAGAGAAGCAGUGAUACAAGUAGCGAGACAUUUUAUAAAUCUUGAUCCAAAACUUAGCGGCAUUUCACUAUCAGCGGAUUAUAGUAUGGAAAGUCACGCAAAAGAUCAUGACAAUUACAUUAAUGUUUCUCGCAUACGCAAGAAACGGGCCAAAGCAUUAUUGGAUUUCGAAAGGCACAGCGUUAAUGAGCUCGGUUUCCGGAAAAAUGACAUUAUCACAAUAAUUAAUGAAAAGGAUGAGCACUGUUGGGUUGGCGAGCUCAAUGGACUUCGAGGCUGGUUCCCUGCUAAGUUUGUCGAACUUUUGGACGAGCGGAGUAAGCAGUACACUUGCGCCGGUGACGAUGCGAUUAGCGAAAUUGUGACGGACCUUGUGCGCGGUGGAUUAUGUCCAGCUAUUAAAUCUGUUCUCGAGCACGGUAUGAAGAGACCUACGUUUUUAGGUGGUCCAUGUCAUCCAUGGCUUUUCAUCGAGGAAGCUUCGAAUAGAGAAGUCGAAAAAGACUUCAAUUCGGUUUAUAGUAGACUUGUACUUUGUAAAACAUAUCGAUUGGACGAGGAUGGGAAAGUAUUGACUCCUGAAGAGCUUUUAUACCGUUGUGUUCAGUCUGUUAAUUUAACGCACGACAAUGUUCAUGCUCAAAUGGAUGUAAAAUUGCGUUCGCUCGUUUGCCUUGGACUGAACGAACAAGUAUUACACUUGUGGCUAGAGGUUUUGUGCUCGUGUGUGGAAAUCGUACAAAAGUGGUAUUACCCAUGGAGUUUUGUAAAUAGCCCUGGUUGGGUACAGAUUAAGUGCGAGCUUCGCACACUCGGCCAAUUUGCAUUUAACUUGAAUCCAGAUUGGGAAUUGCCCCCUAAGAAAGAGCAAUCGCAGCCAUUGAAAGAUGGAGUGCGUGAUAUGCUUGUGAAGCAUCAUCUUUUUAGUUGGGAUCUUUAAGAUUCCUUUACGAUACAAAAGUUUUUACUUACAUUACGACUAUUUAUUUUUGAAUAAUUAAAGCUAUUCAACGUAUUUUAAGAGUCAUUAAGAUUACAAGUCUCUUAUAUAUUGCUAAUUUUAAGUAAUGCAAUGAAGGAGC